AUGGACCAUAAGUCGGGGCAAUCACCUCAUCGUGAUUCCAGUCUUUCCAUUGAUCAGUCGGAGAAUUCAAAAGUGGAUGCCAUAAACGACUUUAAACCAGAGCCAGAACCAGAAAUGGAAGAAGAGACACGACCAGACCCUGAGACAGUAUUGAAAAGAGAACCGACUGGACCCAACCCCACUGACUUUCCCGAUGGUGGAUUGCAAGCUUGGCUGGUUGUUGUAGGGGGUUUCUGUGCGGUAUUCUGUGGCUUUGGCUGGAUCAACUGUAUUGGUGUCUUUCAAAAUUACUACGAACAUAAUCAAUUGAAACAUUACUCUUCGAGUACCAUCGCCUGGAUCCCUUCAACCCAAUCGUUCAUGUUGUUCUUCCCGGGAUUUCUUGCUGGGAAAAUGACAGACGAAAUGGGACCACGGAUUCCAAUUUUACUAGGCUCUUUUCUACAUGUCUUUGGGAUAAUGAUGACUUCGUUAUCCACUGAGUUCUAUCAGAUUUUCCUCGCACAAGCCGUAUGCAGUGGACUUGGGUGCUGUUUCCUCUUUUACCCAGUAAUUGUAGCCGCUGGGACCUGGUUUCGCAGACACCGCGCACUGGCAUUUGGCAUCAUUACCGCCGGCUCGAGCAUUGGCGGUGUCGUUCUGCCCAUCAUGGUUCAACGGCUCAUACCCCACAUCGGGUUUGGGUGGACAAUGCGAGCGGUCGGCUUCUUGUUCCUGGGUCUCCUUACUAUUGCCAAUCUCACCAUUAAGUCUCGCCUACCGCCAGCCCGUCGACCGUUCAACGUCAUGGAAAUGGUGAAGCCUUUCACGGAGAAGCCCUUUCUACUACUCGCGCUGGGAGCUUUCUUCAUUUACGUUGGGGGUUUCCUUCCGUUUAACUACAUUAUCCUCCAGGGUGAAGCAUCAGGCAUGUCAACAGAUCUGGCGAGCUAUUUGGUCCCAAUAUUGAACGCGGCAUCAACAUUUGGCCGUAUUCUCCCGGCUCAUUUAGGCGACUCCUUUGGUGUUUUCAACGUUAUGAUUGUCCUCACAGGAUUCGCAGCAAUCAUGACUCUCGCCCUCUGGCUGCCCGCCGCUGCAAACGCGCCCAUUAUCGUGUAUGCGGUUAUGUACGGCUUUGCAUCUGGUUGCACAUUAUCGAUUAUCCCAGCCAUGGUCGCUAAGCUCGGACACAUCAGCCAGCUGGGUGCCAGAAGCGGUGCUCUGUAUGCCUUCUCAUCGGUUGGCGUGCUGAUCGGAAGUCCUAUAGGAGGAGCAAUACAGAAGAAUCAGCAUGGCGGUUAUUCGGGGCUUAUUAUUUUCACGGGCGUUGCGCUGCUGAUUGGGACUUUCUUUGCUUUCCUCUCGAGAGCUGCUCAGGUGGGGUUGAAGAUUAAGGUUAGAGUUUAG